UCCUACGUGAGCGCGCAUUUCUCUCUCCUCGUGCCCGCGAGUGCAACUUCACCAAGUGCAGCUCUUCCAGUUUUUAUCAUUUGUUUUUAUUCUCUUCAUCUUUCUUUACUCCACUCCUCUUCCACAAUAUGUGGAAAUCUGUGGUGGGUCACAAUGUGAAUGUGAAGGUGGCAUCUGAGGGAGACGACUGGGAAACAGAUCCUGACUUUGAGAACGAUGUCUCAGAGCAGGAACAGAGGUGGGGAUCAAAAACCAUCGAAGGAUCAGGACGCAAAGAGCACAUCAGCGUGGCUGAUCUCAGACAGAAGGUGUCUAAGGAGCAUGAAUUGGUGAAGAAGAAGGAACAUGAGGAAGGUCCUAAAGCUUCGUACGGAUAUGGAGGGAAAUUCGGCGUCGAGAAAGACAGGAUGGAUAAAGAUGCAGUGGGGCACAGCUACGUAGCUCAGGUGGCACAGCACUCGUCCCAGACAGACGCAUCAAAAGGUUUCGGAGGGAAAUUCGGCGUACAGAAGGACCAUGUGGACCAGUCGGCUUUGGGCUACGAGUAUAAAGGGGAAGUGGAUCAGCACGCCUCUCAGAAAGAUCACUCAAAAGGUUUCGGAGGGAAGUUCGGAGUGCAGAAGGAGCGAGUGGAUAAAGCGGCUCUGGGAUACGAUUAUAAAGGAGAAACUGAGAAACACGAGUCACAGAAAGAUUACUCUAAAGGUUUCGGAGGGAAGUUCGGAGUGCAGAAGGAGCGAGUGGAUAAAGCGGCUCUGGGAUACGAUUAUAAAGGAGAAACUGAGAAACACGAGUCACAGAAAGAUUACUCUAAAGGUUUCGGAGGGAAGUUCGGAGUGCAGAAGGAGCGAGUGGAUAAAGCGGCUCUGGGAUACGAUUAUAAAGGAGAAACUGAGAAACACGAGUCACAGAAAGACUACGCUAAAGGUUUCGGAGGACGCUACGGCGUACAGUCUGACCGCAUGGAUAAGAGCGCAGCCGCCUUCAACGACAUGGAGUCUCCCACCACGUCCUACGAGAAAACUCAACCGCUCGAGGCCUCAAGCUCAGGAGCUGGAAGCCUGAAGUCCCGCUUUGAGAACAUGGCAAAGACGGCAGAGGAGGAGAACAGGAAGCGUGCGGAGGAAGAGCGGGUGAGGAGACAGGCUCGAGAAAAGAGAGAAAAAGAAGAGGCACAGAAAAGAGAAAAGGUGACCAGCCGUGAGUAUGAGGAAGAGGAACAGAGGCCUACUGUCAUCCCUGAACCUGUGAAAUCAUCACAGGACUUCAGACCACUUCCUGAAAUUCCCAGAGACUCUCCAGAACCAGAACCAGAACCUGUACCUCAGGUGGAUGAUGAUGAUGAGCCUGAGUAUGAUGAGCCCCCGUCACUUCCACCUCGAUCUGAUGAAUUGUUAGAGGAAGACGACUCUGCUCCUCCUCCUCUUCCUCACAGAGACAUUGAUGAAGUAGAAUACGAGGAACUUGGAUCAGCUCAAUACACCGAGGAAGACGACCCUGCUCCUCCUCCUCCUCUUCCUCACAGAGACAUCAAUGAAGGAGAAUACGAGGAACUUGGAUCAGCUCAAUACACCGUUGUUGAGAACGAUUAUGAAGAUAUAAACACCGGCAGGAAGUCAGCCAGGGCUCUGUACGACUAUCAGGGCGAGGCUGAUGACGAGAUCUCCUUCGUGCCUGAUGACAUCAUCACGAACAUCGAGAUGGUGGACGAGGGCUGGUGGAAGGGAAGCUGUCAGGGCCGCACCGGCCUUUUCCCAGCAUCCUUCGUGGAGCUCCUCUAAACAAAAUCCCCAAACAGCGCCCAGUAUUUCUCUGUGAAUGACAGCUUACGCUUUUGAUUUGCUUGAUUUGGUUGCCAGAUCUGCUAGAAAACCCUUAAAAUGUGCACCUGCUGGGUUUAGUGUGUGUGUGUCUGAUCUCAUACAGUCAGUUAAGGUGAUGUGCUGGGUGUGGUCUGGAGAUUGGGUUUUUUAUUAUUAUUAUUAAUUAUUAUUAUUGCUUCCCAGAGGUGUGAUAAAGUCCGUUCUAUGAACAA